GUCCCGCCCCCAGCCGCGCUGCGCAUGCGCCUUGGGUUGGGGCUGUUGGCCGCGGCCGUUGCGGGUGGCGGUGGCCAUGGCGGGCAGCGAGGGGCUGGUGUCGGUGGAUUACGAGGUGUGGGGCAGGGUGCAGGGCGUGUUCUUCCGCAAGUACACACAGAGCGAGGCCAAGCGGCUGGGGCUGGUGGGCUGGGUGCAGAACACGAGGCACGGCACCGUGCAGGGACAGGCGCAGGGCCCGGCCGGCAGCGUGCGGGAGCUGCAGCACUGGCUGAGGAACGUCGGCAGCCCGCAGUCCCGCAUCAGCAGGGCCGAGUUCACCAACGAGAAGCACAUAACGGCGCUGGAGCACACGGACUUCCACAUCAGGAAGUGACAUGCACCCGAAAGCUGCCAGCACGGGGCAUGGGCUGCACUCAGCACCCAGCACCCAGCACCCAGCCUCAGCCCCGGGCUGCUCAGUCAGCUGGCACCCGGCUCUAGAGCUCCUGAUGUCCCGUUUCUAACCCGUCGCUUUGUGUUGCCGUGUAGCACCAUCACACCCGUGUCCCCGGGCGGUGGCUCAUUGUGUACGAUGCUGUGCUUGGUGGAACGCUAUGGGGGAGCUGCGGGGUUGGUGCCUGCUGCAAAUAGCGCUGAAAGGGGGAUCGUUGUGAGCUCGGAGCCAUUUGUUUUGUUCGUUCCUCGCAUAGAAGUUUAUUUUUGUUAGAAUAAAGACUUUGCCCGAGCUCA